UGACGCUCGUUCUUUUGACCGGUGGUGUGUGUAUAAAUUGUCCCUUAACGCAAGACUGUACAGUGUAUACUCGAAUUAUAUCCUGUACUGUGUUUUAUGCAUCAGACAGCACAACACCGAGAGGACCCUGAUCCCGACCAUGGGGUUAUGUCAAUGAAAGCAAAGAAGACAGGUUUACCAACUGACGAUCACACCAUGACUACGACUUCAACUUCUUCGUCAAGCGUCUCUUCACCUAAGGAGUCCAUUGAUCGGCAUAAUUCAGAGCUUGGUCAGCAGCUGAUGCUUCCGAAUGAAAUGGCAGGCAUGGUACCUUUAAAAUUCGUCAUUACCAAACUUGUUCAUCAAAGCUACGCCGAUCUGCACGAGCUUGCCGAAACAUUGCCUGCAAUGUCUGAAGUAGACAAGAAAAGAUCGAUAUUGUAUUAUACAACCAACGCCAGAAAGCAAUUUGUAAAGUUGUUGGUUUUGCUGAAAUGGGCAAGCAACGCGCAAAAUAUUCAGACCUGCCAGAACAUUAUGGCGUUCCUGUCAAAUCAAAACAAAGUUUUCCAAGACACUGUAGAUUAUUUACACAAAAUACACACCGAAUUACCGGCUGCAAGAGUUCGUAACUACGAUAUUCCAACUGCUGUAGAUAUUUUGACGAGUGGAACCUAUUUGCGCAUGCCAUCCAAAAUGAAGGAUAUUAUUCCCCCCAAACCUUUGACGGACGAGGAAGUGUUGCAGACGUGGAAUGAGUUGAAUGAUGUGAUCCGCCUGCGUAUGCUCACGUCUGAGGUGCUGCCGUCUCCAAUGCAAAAUUAUCGUAUCGCUGAUGGUCGCAUAUUCUUUCGUGUUGAAAAUGAAUUUGAAGUAGCACUAACUCUUAUGGGUCCGAGUCAUGACCGACGAUGGUGGAUAGUAUCUUUGGAUAUUUUGGCAAAUUCAAGCACUCAAGGCGGAUUCAACGAUAUCGACAUAUCAUUGAAUGAUGCGCAAGCUCAGCGUUUGAAAGCUGUCGCACAACAUCAUCUUGCACCUGCUGCGACUGGCAGUCAAAUACAACAAUCAUCUGGACUCCAAGAUGGGACUGUUACAGAGGCCAUCGACGCCAACAACCAGUCCAAAAACCUUCAAUUUCCUCUUGUUCGCUUAUACGACUACUUGCAUAUGUUCUGCCUGAACCUUCAACUUGAAAUUCUCUAUCUACAAGCCACGUCAUUACAACGUUCCCGAUGGGCAGACCAACUCAGUGUAGAGAUGAAUCCUACUCGCACCACCCUAUGGUUGACUUAUUGGCAUCAUGGAUUCCAAAGCGCUUCUGUUACAGGCACAACGCAUCAGUGGGGACCCAGAAGCAGUGAUAGAGGAAAUUGCAUCGAGAUAUCCAUUGUGGAUGACGAAGGAGUGAAUGAAAAUUCACAGACUGGCUAUUCCAGUACAACCGUUCAACAUGAACUGCGUUUGCUGGCGUUAUCCGCAGGAAUCGGAGCAUCGCUAGACCUUAGCAAUUUGACGGACGAGGAAGCUUUCAAGGUUGUAAACGCUUUGAAAUAUCCAAAGGCUCAUCUCGCUGUGCAAUGGCAAAGAUCAGGCAAACUGUUCAGCAACCUUUCCGAAUUGGAUGAUUACAAAAUCGAGGCGUCCAACAUCAACGUAGAGCAUUUACUUAUGCAUGUUGUUAAAGCGAACGCACGUAUGAUCAUACGGAUGUUCCAUGUCGCUCUCUUGUCCCAAAGACGAAUUGCUCUUGAGCAUGGCGGCAGCAACCUCAUUAAAGAUGGGAGUGAGACUGAUAAGGAACAGAGCGAUGAUGGUAUACACGUUCUAGGACUUGAUAAUGAUGAUCCCGACGAAGAGACGAAGAAUGAUUCACACGUUGCUGCAUUGCUUGUUCAAUAUCGACAUCAGCGAUAUGUCAAUAUAGCUGUGGACAUUCGGUCUGGCCAGUUAACGGCCUCGGAAGUAGGAAGUGGUAGCGAUGAAUCUGAUGACAAAAUGCGUCGCCUCGAAGAACGAUUAAAUCAAGAUCCUAUUAGCGUCGACGAUCAUAUUUCAUGGCUCAGUUCAGAAACGGUCAUUAGUGAAAUUGUGUCGCUAGCCAAGCAACUGAACCUGCAGGCUUUUUCGCCUUCGGCUAUGUCACUAAAGCGGGACGAUAUCAUUCGCAUUUUCGGUGAUGCAUGUUUUCCGUCGGUUUCUAAGCUAGAGCAACAUGAGAUACAUCGCAAUGCUGUCGCUGCGGAACUGAAAAAGCUGGGUAUCAUUGAAGGUGAUCUACCAGAAUUUUCAGCAGUGUUAUCCAGCGGCAACGCAGAGUUUGCCCAAGGUGUAUAUCCACCACAGUGUGUUUUCCUGCAAUUUACGCAAUACCAAGACUGGUACUUGGUAGUUGCAGUUGUGGAUAACAAAUUACAAUUUUGCUUGUGUCGUUUAAGCCGAGGCGCAGAGUCUUCAUCACUUUUGCAUACUCACGUGGACGUCCUGCCUAUGGACCACGAAUCGCUUUUUGACAGCCAGUCGGAUGAUGAGGUAGAUGGCAAGGCGAGAAAGAAUGGAAGUGCAGCCAAGGUAGAACAGAAGUCUAAGCGAUUAUCGAGUAAGAGGCGCCGGUUGCAAGAUGGUACUGGCACUGAAGACAGUCUCCAAAUUGAUCUACGCUUGCUUGCAAAAUUGGAUUCCCUGUGCCGUGCAUAUAUAACCAACAAACAAUUAGAAAUGCAGCUCGCCAAGCACAAGGAAAUUCUAUCGCAUCGAUCAUUACCGUUCAACAAGACCGCACUUUCCAAACUCGACCCAACACUAUACCCACCGGUUGUGGACAAGAUCGAUGUUAUCUGCAUACCUCAACAAGACUUGCUUCGAGCAUGUGUGUUUCAGCGUAUGCGUGAGGAGGUUGUGGUCAUGGGAGUUGGAGCACGGAUGAAUCAACACAAACACCUUCGACAAGAUGACACAGAAUGGUUACAACGCGUGUUGCCAUCUUUGAAAGGUCAAGUCAUAUUACGAUCGUCGGGAUGGCUGGCUUGUGGCAAGAGCGAUUGCUAUGUGAUUGCGGAAUUGAAGUUGAACUGGGACAAAAUCCCUCAACUGGAAAUUUGCCCUGAUAUGAAACAUGUUGCUCUAGACAAAUCAAGCAAGACAUUGUCUUUUACGUAUACUGACGUUGAUAUAUGCUUUGACAAGUUUCUUAUGGAUUGGGAGCGCACCUUCAUGAUGACUUAUCUCACUCGAUUCGGUAAUAUUGCACUGCAGCUUUUCUCUUACACUUUCGUGAUCUCAUUUCACCACCAUCUGACACUGUUUCCCCAACUUUUAGCUUCAUCAUCAUGGCUGAAACAAUUUCAAGAAGACUUGAUGUUUCAAUCUUUUGAUCUCAAAACCCUAAAGUACACUUAUUGCAAGAAUUACACCCUUUCUGUCACUUGGGAUGCUCCUGCUCCUGGGCAAGCACCAAAGUACCUGCUAACUCUGGGCUCAAUAGCUGACUCAGAAAUAGACAAAGAAGCGCCUCCUCAAUUACAAGAAUCACUCAACCGCAAACAAAAGAAUCCACACUGGCGAAUAACGAAGCUACUAGAGAACUCACUUAAUGAACACAAAGACUGGAUCAUGUUUGUUCAGACUUUAUACCAAACAUUACCACUCAUGGUAUGCUUAGACGAACUUCAAGAGCGGUCUGCCAGAGAGGGUAGAAUUGGACAUCUGGCUAUUGUUCCCCGAGAGCUCAAUGCGACUCGCUUAAUAUAUUCAUCCUUGCAUGCACUUGACAUCAAGUUUAUUAGCCCAGACAUAGUCUGCAUUUCGGAUGUAUAUUACCACAGUCAGCUAUUCACACGACGAGCUCAACUGGAUAGAUCCAACAAAUUCACUCCUCCCAAACCAUUUAUGGUGAUCAAGUCAGAACAGCCUCCCACCGAUGGUAGCAAAGUUCAAGUUUCGCAACAAAUGAACUUCCAGCCCUUCGAUAAAUUUAAUGGACUAAUAGAAACUGUCAAUGAUUGGUUAUUCCAGGCGAAAGAGGAAGAUUCAAUGAAGGACGAUGAAGCUGUAUCACCGUGGCAAAAAGUCAAUGCCGAAUGGACGUCUACUGAACCAAGCGUAACGCCGUUUGAGCAUGGACUUAUUUGCACUAUGGAUCUAGCUUUGAGAGUGUUAAACAAAGUGGAUGAAAUCGCUGGCAAAAACCCUGUAAAUCAAACAAUUUAAGCACAAUAAAGUUCACGUCAUUCUCUCUACGUCUUUUUUGAGGUAUUUCCAUGCAGUUGUUGCGAGCGC